UCACGGAAAUGCAUACGUUACCGCUGAAAAGCUGAAAAGCAGGGGUGUGCGCUCCGAGUGCAUUGUUUGCCGAUAAAAGUAGGAACAUGAGCAAUUUACUGCUUCUUCUUGGCUCCAGGUGACUUAUUUUUAUUCCGCACACAUUCUCUGUCGGUAAUUCAGCAGAUGAGGAGACCUUCCACACUAAAGAUGCCAACAUGCAGCAUUUGAAAACAUCUUAUUUGAUAUCCUGGACUGCCUGCAAUCAUCAACAAGAUGCUUUUUCAUUGAGGACAACAAGCAACAUGUUUCUGAACAGAGACGCAAACUGGAGUGAAAGAUACCUAAGGUGAUAAAGUAUUUAUAGACAAAACCAUCAGUUUCUGACUAUGUGAAUGGACAAGUAGAGUCUGUCUGCUUCCAGACUGCUGCGCCUGCAUUUAGUUUCUGUAAAGACAAAUAGUCAGAGGAGGAGAGGAGACUGUGAAACUUGUGGGUUUGUAGGAUCAACCCCUUAAGAUGCUGCAGACUGGCAACUACUCACUGGUGCUGCUUAUCCAGUUGACACUACUGGCCUAUGACCUCUUCGUGAACUCCUUCAGUGAACUCUUGAGAGCAGCUCCUGUCAUCCAGCUUGUGCUUUUCAUCAUCCAGGACAUCGCCAUCUUGUUCAACGUGAUCAUCAUCCUGCUGAUGAUGUUCAACACCUACGUGUUCCAGGUCGGCCUGGUGUCCCUGCUGCUGGAGCGAUUUAGAGCUCUGCUGAUGUUCUCGGCUCUUUACCUGACUCUCAGCAUCUGCUUCCACUGCUGGGUGCUGAACCUCAGAUGGCUUUCAUCGAACCGUUUUGUUUGGACAGAUGGUCUUCAAGCUCUCUUCGUUUUCCAGAGAACAGCUGCAGUGUUGUAUUACUACUUGUAUAAGCGCACAGCGGAGUAUCUGGGAGACCCGAGGCUCUAUGAGGACUCUCUUUGGUUGCGUGAAGCCUUCGCCAGAGCUCGUCUGUGAAGGACGGGCAGUUUUGAGAGAGACUUAAAAGGAACUUCCAAGAAAGACACUUCUGACAUGCUAACAUUUGGCUUCAUCAGCAGCUACCCAUAACGCUAUUAAGCACGUAGAAUAAAGCAGAGGUUUAGUGAUAUUGAACACCAACAGAACUCAUUAAGAAGUAAAGCAGAUGAAGCAAAGUCUCAACCACAGUUUGUAUUUACUGGCUCUUACGGAGCCAAGUGGGCAGCCGGGUUAAAAGGUUUACAGUGGCAGGUAAGCCAACCAUGGCAUGCGUAGUAUUGUAUUAAUCAGGAUUGAGUCUGUUAAUCUAUGUGGCCUUUGUAAAUCAAUUUGAGUUACAGACAGAACACAACACCUUGAAAGAAUGUCAAAAGCCCAGUGAAGAUGCAGGUGUUCUCCCACUGCAUGUUUAUCUUGUUUAUUGUGUAUCUGUUUUAAUGUACAAUAAUUUGUAGAACAUGUAAUAGUUUUGUUGGAAAAGUCUUAUUCCCCUGCAAAGGAAGAAACCUGCUGGUUUAUUUUGCCUUAUGUAAGGCUAGUAUGUGUUUUUACAUGAUUGUUCUUUUAAUAAGCCAAUUCUGAUUUUCAUGUGAAUCCAAUCAUCCGUCAUCUUUGAAUCGUGUUCCCGCUGUUUUUAUUAAAUACUCCUUCUCUAA